AUGGAGAGUCAGCACUUAAAACAAGCAGUAUCCAUUCUCGAGUCUGCGCAGUCGCGUGCAAUGUUGUACAGUCUUUCAAACCGAGGCGUGUCCUCAGUGCCAGCGCCCUCACGGCCAGUGACUAAUUUUUCCAUCAGCAGGAUCCUGGGUCUGGAGAACAGUGAAAUACGUCAAGACACGCCUUCCACUGGUAACCCUAAGCAUUAUAUUUCACUCUACUUUAUUUAAAAAAUUUAACCUAAAAGUAAACUUACCGGUUUAAAUAUGGUUUUAGUCCUUCCUUUAUUCAUUCAGUCUCCUGCUUAAAAUUUAUGGUCAAAACUCGGCCCAGGUAAGUCUCAUUAAGAUCGAAAGAUCUCUACUUAAUCUCGAUAUCACUGAUAGCAUUACUUGGAAGAUAACUUGAAAAAGAGGCGUAAUUCGUUUCGGCGUUUUUCACGGGAAAGGAGGCAAGUGAAAUUCGUGAUGGCGCGCUCAGGAUGAGUCACGCUUCUGAUUUCGUGCGAGACUCGUUUUCGUGCUCGCCUCGCUUGGCUUCGCGCCUGCCCACGUUCACUCAUUUCUGUAAGCAUCACUAGAGCGUAAUAAUAUUUGCAUUAAAAACUGUUAAAACAAUUUCUGGAGUAAUUUAGCUUGCCAUGGUGUUCAUUUAAGUUCAUUUAUUCAUGUUUUUCUCCGUUUGUCAGCAGUAUUCAACGAGCACCGUCACAUCUCCAUUCAGGCGCCGAGUACUGAACACAGCUGCAGCGACAACAGCUCACGAUCAUCUCCUAAUUACAGUUCCAACAGCGAUUGUGACAGCGAACACGAUCAACUACCGACACCCUCCGAGAGAGUGGCGAAGAAAAAACGACAGCGCACGACCUUCUCACUGUUUGAAGUGUGGGAACUGGAACGAGUGUUCAAGCGGCAGCCAUAUUUGAUGCCCGAAGACGAGAAAGAGCUCAUACAGAGCCUUGGGAUCACGGCUAGAAGUCUGAGGGUAUGUUGCAUUUCGUCUUUUCUUCAAACUGUUUUACCGCAAACUUGAAUUCUUCUCUGUGGAAGCUUUACCUACCUUGUAAGACUGAAAAGGAGGAUCACUUUGAGAUAAAUUUAUCCGUGGAAGAACUAGCUAGGUUUUUAAUUGGAAUCAGGUGAUCGGAUCAAGCUGUGAAGAAUUUUAUGUAUUCAAAAAAUACGGAAUUAAUAUUCCUUUGUACUAUUUCGUUUCAGUACUGGUUUCAGAACAGACGAGCAAAAUCGCGAAGAGAAGGAAGAAAGGUUCCGUCCGAAUGUCAGAGAAACUCGCUCGAUCAGUUUGGAAGACUACCAAAGAGGAACUCGGUGCAGCCCCCUUCAAAUCCCUGGAUACAGGCUGAACAGCUGUCAUACAGCGAAGUAAACAAACACUCAGCAAAAUUGAAUACAAGGAGCGGACCGAUCUUAGUAAAUUAUCGACACCUGUCCAUCAAGUCUGAUCAGCCGAGGUGCCGUUCACCUUCGUUAGUACCCAUGCUUCGUCCGUACCAGUUAAAAAGAAGACUCCUUUCGCCCACGAGACCAUUAUACAGUCGUGAUUUCCAUAGAUACCAACCAUAUUAAGCCUCUUGUACAAGCAAUGACUUUCUAUUUGUUAAAAGAUGUAUUUUUGGUAAAUGUUGAUGUUAGGGAUGUAAUCAAGGAUAUGAUAGAACAUUUUAGUGAUAUAACGAAGAAACGAGAAAUAAAAUUUGGAGACUUUAUCGGUGGUUUGUCUCUAAGUUUGGGUAAAUAGAUAUUUGUGUAGUUUAAUGGAACUUACUUUAUUUUAUUUUCUUCAAUUAAGCGUCAGUACACUCUGCUAUGUUAUCAUUAAUGCUAUGUAAAAACAAGAUAUGAUCAGCAAUAUUUGAACUGCACUGAAAGAAGUGGCAGGUGGUUUCAUUGCCACUAUCUUCUUCAGAAACUACAUAUGCUAAAACAAGACAAAAACAUCCGAUGAAUACGCAAAAAAUAAUUACUAGAUGAAAAGCACAAGUAAAAUUAACUUUAAAUUCCAAAUGUCUUGGUAAAUUAAUUAAAAUGGUCCUUUAAGUGUUCGUAACUACAUUAAAGCUUUUCCAUCUUGAAAAAGAUACCUCGAAUUUUUCAGUUCCACCACCAGCAAACUUCAUUAAGAUAAGAGUCAUAAAAAAUGGUUCCUUAAUAUUUAAAAAAAAAAGUUGUUAGGUAUUUCCUGCUGCUUUUUUUUUUCUGCGUUUUCAAGAGAAAAUCCCUUUAGCCCUCAAUUUCUGAAAUCGACCAAUUUUACCCGUAUGAUAUCGUUCCACUGUAAAGUUACAGCCACGUCUACCGUUAUGUCCAAUCUUCGUUUGAAAAUAUUGAUUACAAUACUCGGAGACGAUUCUGUGAUGGGAAGUAAAAUAGACAAGAAAAAAUAUCUAACAGGCUGGCUCAUUUCAAAAGCAUCCAAUGAAUGGACGCUGGCUCAUUUCAAAUUCCUUAUUUCUUGACCUGAAGAAAAUAUAUGUAAUCGAGCAAAAAGGGCGUUGUAAAAAUUAUUUGCCAAAGAUGUUUUUAAGUGUUCUUGAUACUACACGCCUGAUCUCGCGUAUUUUCCAACAGUAAAGGAACGGAUUGACAGACGAGUUGAUAAAAAUCAACGUAACUCCCAAAAUGCGAGAUAACUUGGUUGCCCUUUCUAUUCCUCGUAAAUGAAUCACGAUCAAAAUGCAAAAAAAUGGCAGAUAACAGAGAACAAAAGCGAAGUAGACAUACAGCAUGUUAUACACAGAACGCCUAUAACGCAAGAUAUUAAAACGUGUUGCCGUCCGAACCGUUUCUGUUUCACAGUUUGCUUGUAUAGCUUGAAGUGGUGCAACGACUCCUCGUACAAUUUUAUCAUGGCGUUUGAGUGUUAGGUAAAUCUUAAGGUAACAAAAUGUUAUUGUCGAUAAGCACAACGCUAAAGCACAGUUAGCGCUGAUAUUGUACAUGGUACUGUCGUAAACGAUGAGCGAAGUGCUAGCAAGGGUCCAAAGCCAAAUGAACGAAAGAGAUGCUAUAAUGUUUUUGACUUUCACCAGGUUGCGGUAUCGUAAAGGAAAAUGCAAGGCCAGGAAUCGAUCGAUCGCUAUUGCAGUAAGAAGGACUAAAGACAUAUUUGGCAAAUAGAAGUUGCUCAGGUAAAACAUCACACGGAGAAUGCGCACAGCGUUUGCACAGCCACUGAGAGUUGCAAGAACAGUUGAAAUGAACAAUGGUUGCACGAUAAUUCCGACUCCCAGGUCGGCUAAAGCGAGGUUAAAAAUGAAUAUCUUGAACACGGCAUGGACUUGCGUCAAAGGAAUCUUGCGUAACGCGGUUAUAAUGAGAACGUUGCCGAUGAUUGUUGCAACUGAAGAAACAGCGUUUAUAGCAGUGUCAGCUAAGUACAAGGCAAGUGGAACUUCAGGGUCGAGAUGAGGUGGUGCCUCUAAAAUGAUAGUGAAAUUUUCUGCCAUGGUGCGAAAACGUUGAUUUCCAAUUGUUCUUAACACUGAGAUGGCCGCAGAGAGGUUUCUUCUCCUAAGAGACAGUUGUCAGUAGUUUAGUAUUUCGUUGAGAGCCUUCUCGUGUAUGAAGUAGUAAAUAGAGGAGUCUAACAAGGAUAUUCAUCACAAAAACUUUAUUUAAGCACCUGCCUGACUGAAAGAUGACUCAACAUGUACAUGUCAUCACAAAGAGCACAUUACAUGCAACUCACGUUCGUUCGCCCGGAAAUGAGCAUAUGAAAGGGAACGGUUUUUCUCGAAAAGAAGAGUAUCUCUGAAGCAUUUGCGGUCUAUCUCCAUUUUCUAAAUUAGUCAUCUCUCUUGUUUCCGUAACAAAUUAGUUAAAGAUAGAGCAAAUAAGAUAAAUUUAUACCUUCAUAAGGAAAUUUAAAAUCCCUAUGAAACUUUUUUUGUUCUGUAAUAAAGAUUUAUUUUCAGAAUAGAUCCGUCAUGGGACCGUACCUCAUAUGUAAAAAUUGCAUACGAUUUCAUUCGUGAAUUUUUCUGAUUCUUCAUUAAAUUAAAGUCUCUAACUUGGAUCAUUAUUUAUCAUUGUUUUAUUCCGCUCAUUAAAGAAGAGAGCUUUACCUUAUUUUCAUAAAUUAUAGCCAAAUCUUUAUUUCGGGGAUUUGGUAUUUUUUUAAAACAAAUUUCCUUCAAUUAAAAAUUUUCAUCAGAUUCUACUGUCGCGAGGCCCAUGAAAUCCCAUGAAUCUGUGUGAACUUAUUUACAAGGAGGCACUAUUAGUUUGCACAUCUUGAAUUAAUUAUUCAUUCAGCUGCUCUUAAGACUUAAAUGGGAAAUCGUGAGAUCGAAUACUAUUCAAGGGAGCAAAAAUGAUUUUUCCAUCGAACUUUCGCCGAGCAAAGAUUUUCCAAAAUUGCUGAAUUAUUGCGCUUUUCCAAAAUCUUGCAUAAGGAAAAAGAGUGGAUUUGUUUAGUGAUUUUUACAUAAUGUAUUUGCGCUCUAUGGCGGGUAAACCUCGAUGUACAGUUCAUGCGUCCUGUAUCGGCCUUAAAAGACAUCACUUUUCACACUUUGUCUAAUGUUUAUUCAUGUUUUUUGACACCUUCACAGCUUUUUAAGACCCUCUUUUGACAGUUUAGCAAAAAAUUAAUUUAGGAUUCGUUAGGGGUGCAUGCGUGAUUGAACUUAAAUGAGCCACUCGAGGCUCUCUUGUGUAUUUAUCCACUACACAAACGGAUUACCUUGCCUUCACCUAGCCUUUUAGAUUGCAAAAGAUCAACAAACAUGUAUAUCAAAACGGAGAAAUGACUAAAAGUUUAACAUUCUUGAAGCUGACAGAAAAUGAACGCCGUAUAUUAGUGAUAUUUCAUAUUUGUUUGGGGUCUACUAAUAAAGCUGAAUUGUGGGAUUCACAUGAUAACGGUGAUUACCAUGUCAUGUCGCCCACCAUUUCAAUCUUCAAUCCUUGCAAAGGGGGAAGUUGAUUUUUGAGCGCUCUGGAAAUAGCAGGUUACAGCAUAGGAAAACUGUUUCCAGCCAUGCAUGACUUUAAUCUGUACGGAGUAAUCAGAUUUCUUUAGUUGCAUUCUGCAAUAAAAUAUUCAACAUAUCUUUCCGUGACGAUUGACUUGCUCUCCGGCGAAGUUUUCAGUGUUAUUCUCGAAAUUUCGAAUAGAUGAAACUUGAAGACCGAACGAUUAGUUCGCCCAGUUCUAAUUUUACUACUCCUUUUGUUUUCACUUUUCGAAAAUUAACGACAGUUCAACUUCAAACUGAACAAACACAGCUCUCUGUUGCUGAAGAUCAGUUUUCCGAAAAAUAAUCCUCUAACGCACCGAGAAUGACUGGAUUGAAAGUUUUCAAUAACAAGUUGUAAGAUGGUGAAUAAAGGUGGCCUAAUAUUUCUUCUUAAAAACGCGUGGAAAAUGCAAAUUCAGUUUCAGGCUUUUGAUGCGUGGUCAAUAUUGCAGAAUAGGUCUUUCCACGAGUACAUGGAAUAAUUUAAGGGUAUUUAAAAAUUUCUUAGAUAUGUGUGUAGGAUAUAAAGAGAUGUCAUUGAUUAUCUGGCUCAACUAUGUCUCAUCCGCGCGAUUUUCGUGAAAAAACAAAACAAAACAAAAAAAGAUAGAGGAUGCUCGUAACACCGGCGAGCCUGUUUUUAUUAUUAUUAUUAUUAUUAUUAUUAUUAUUAUUAUUAUUAUUAUUAUUAUUAUCAUAUCUGUAUACUGGAGGAAAAAAUAUCUUCCAUACUUUUCAAUCCCUACAGGUAAAAACUUUUGGCCCAAGUUAUUCCAAAUCUCUUUAUUUUCAAAAGAAGAAUCAAAGUUUAUUUACAGGGGAUUCCGUAAAUUUAAAAUCGAUUGGUUAUCAUUCUUGAAAAAUAUAUAUUAAAAAAAAAAAUACAAAAACAAUUUUUUGAAAACUGUGAAAAGAAAUUAAAGCAAGAUGACAUUUUCGAAAAGGAAUCGGUUCUCGUAUGAGAAUUCGAAGGUUUCAGGCAAUUUUCAAUUGUUUGAAUAGUUAGAUUGGAAAAACGAAAUGCAAUGUAAAAGACGGAGGUUUUCUUACUUCUGUGAUUAAAAUGUUAUCGUGGGUGAUGUGGUCCAAACUUAAGUUGCUGUAAGAGAUAGGGAGUACUUCUUAUUAUAAACACCCUGUUAUCUUGAAAUCACGGUUAAGUUAGCCCGCACAAGUGAUCUGGGUUCACAAAACGAUGAGUUUAUGUCGAAGUGGAUCAUCAGAGAAACUUUAGUUGACUGCAUCGUAGAUCUCAAUUUCAAGCAAUUAACAGAAGCGACCAUGUUAGCGAACCAUAGCAACAGCUGAGUUUGAUUACUCACAGAAAGAAGUUUGGAUGUUUUACAGAGCAUGAACCAACAAGGUAGUCUCAUUAGACUGUUCUUAGGACUCAGCAAUCGUCUUUAUUUUGCAAUGCAGUGUGCAAACUGGACAGCGCUUCUUACGGCCACACUAACGUGGUUCUUGAUGAACUUUUUUAAUUGCAAAUAAUUGAAACCUUUCAUUUUACUUUAUCUGUUUAAAGGCUUUUGCGACUGGCAAAGCAAAUUUAAUUCCCAGAUAAACUAAAUCAGUUAAUGUUGAACUUCGAAUUUUGUCGAUUCUCUUAUAGAGAAGUUUAUUUUCGGCUCGGCGCACUUAAGACUCUCACCGAACAAUCUAAUAUGCUAUCUCACAUUUUUCAACAGUUAAAAACGUGACUAUAGCCCGAAAUUCGUCCAGCGCAACCUACGUACAAACAAAUCAUACGUGCAAUAUGCAGACACUUCUACGCGCUCGGCGAAUCAGGAUAAAGGACGAACAAUGCGUCAGAAUGAACAGAAGAAAGCAGAGGUAUAAACUUUUUAGAUGAGACAGCUCAUUCUAUUUGGCAUACCAGACAAUAGAAAGUGUAUCUUUGAGAGGUAGCUUAAGAGAUCGAAAUUUUCCUUUCGCGUUAUCGACCAGGGAGACAUGUGGACGAUUGCAGAGAUAACCAGGAGUCUCGCAUUCUGCAACAGCUUGUAGUCACGCUGAUAAACAAUAUGUCAUGAAAGAAUGAUUAUUAUUCAGUUCUGGACAGCAUGCAUCAUCUUCUCUCAGGAUCUAAUUGGAUAAUCACUUGUAUCCAGUCUAUUGUUUCACAAUCACCACGGUACUCUAAACUCAUUUCAUUUGAUUUUAAGACAAUAUGAACCAUGAAUAUAUUAAACAUCAAUUCAACACCAUAAUCUAAAGGGAUAAGAGACUUACAUUAUAAAUUGUCACCACAUAUAAACGUUUACUUUAAAAAAAGUAAUCUUGGAGUCAAUCUACAAAGUUAUGAAAUCACGCAGUUUGUUUUCAGUCUGUUAUCUUCUUGUUUCGACCUUUCACAUCAAUUUGACAUUUUGUUCGUUUUGCAGUAGAAUCGAUUCUAUACGAAGUCAUUCAUGAUGGAUAACACGCCUUCGCGGGUCCUUUAAUCAUUCGCCUUUUGAGGCUCAAGGUUAAUGGAAUUCUAAUCAAUUCUUUCACUGAUGGUCUAAACAACUGGGUUCUUAUCAACCUUUUGUCAAGUCACACUGUAACGUGUCAGUAUAAUCUCUUAAUUUGUAAAGCAAUUUUCCUGUCAUUUGGCAUGCUUUUCUAUUUACAUAAGAAUGCUGCAAUGAACUCUGGGCCGAGAGCGGUCUUCGUUGUUUAUCUUCUUAAACGUCUGAUCCUGUCCUAUGCAAACACAGUACAAUGUGUAAACAUGUCAAACUCAAAAUCGAGCGUUCUGUUCUCUUCAAGUGGAUUGGAAGAUGUCUUUUCGUCUCCAUCUUACUCGCUCAGGUUUUGGUGCUAAACCAGUAUCUGGUGUCGUAUGAGAAGGAGUCUUCAUUCCAAGCUUUCACCCUCGCUUAUGUCCCUACUUUGCUUCUAUGGGCGAAGGGACAAAUGAACGAUCGGCAGCGAGAAGUGGCAGCUGGAGUGUGGUUCCUGUACAUCCUGCCUCUCUGCAUUCAUGGUGGAUGGAUUCUUGGCACGUUGAUGUCCAAAAUAGACGCGGAUUCCUCUGGACUCGAUCAUGGCUUUGUGAAAUAUCCCUUAUGCGCUACCGUGUUGGUGUAUAUGUUGUUAGAUGCUGACGGAUUUGAACCCAGCUUUCAAAUGAACAUAAACUGGCCCGUAAUCAUCGACAUAUUUGACAUUGUAAAUCUUCUGGAUGCCAUCAUCGAUCCAAGAAAAAACAAAGAUUUACCGAAUGAUAUCGACUAUUGCAUAUUUGCGUUUGCCGUUUUAAGUGUGGUGAUUCUUACUUUCAGUUUUUCCGUACCAGUUAGAGAGGCACUUCGGAACACAGAUGAGACUAAUAAAUCACUCGUGAGAAUUUUCACCACAUACACGCUGAUACAAUCGAUUGUUGUGAAUCUUCCAUUUCUUGUGAUACGCCUGGUACUUCACUAUACAUACAAAACUGGAGGUUCGGUUUUUGCGUUUAAAAAUUUAUUAGUGAUAAUCUUAAAUUUCAUCAGAGUAAACUUCGAUUGCUGUGUCAAAGAGAGUGAAGAAGAACCUCAGCCGGCAUUAACUUCGAAUGGUCACACUCCGUCGAACACGGAGGAGUCUGGAAGUGUGAUCCAGUCAACACAAUCAAGCCGUUUGGACGAUGUCUCUAGCAUUUCGUCGUCUGUUAAAAGAACACAUAGAGACGAAAGAGUUCGCUCAAGACUUGUGCAAGACAGAGAAGACCCUGAGGAAAUAAUAGUGUUGAGUUAA